CACCAGUAGCUUUGCUUCUGACAGAUGUCACAAUCCUGGAUCGAAACUCAACCCGAACAGAAGUGAAUAGAAACCAACAAACAUUAACUUCCCUGCUGGACAAAUUGGGCUCAUUCCCAGCAGGAACCAAAGCCUGUGCACAGUGAAGAAAAGAAUUAUGGGUUUGUUUCAAGUACAUCCCCGCAAUCUGGACACAUACAUUUACGAAAAUCUCCAACCUGAUGAAAGGUUUUUGAACCAAGUGGCUGAGACCAUUGACAAGAUUUGUACUUUCUUAAAGGAACAAUGUCCCUACAAAAUCAGUAAAGCUGUGAAGGGUGGAUCCCUUGGAAAAGGAACAGCUGUAAAAAAUGGCGCUGAUGCAGAUUUGGUUGUCUUUCUCAACAACUUCAAGAGUUUUGAAGACCAAACGGGAAACCGGACUGAAAUUUUGAGAGUCAUUUCUGAUCUGUUGUUGAAAUAUGAGAAAAACAUUGGACAUCAGAUCAAAAUGACACCGCCCAAAAUAAAUCACAGUUCUUCUCCUCCUCGCUCCCUCAACUUCCAGUUUAAAUCCACAAGAUCGUCUGAUUUUGUUGAGGUCGAUGUUCUCCCUGCAUUUGAUGCCUUAGGUCAAGUAACAAGAACUCGUGCUCAAGUCUAUAAAGAUCUCAUUGCAACUGGAAAACGUGGGGGGGAAUUCUCGCCAAGUUUCACCGAACUUCAGAGGGACUUUGUAAAAGCCCGUCCUACUAAACUUAAAAGUCUUAUCCGACUUGUGAAGUAUUGGUAUACUGAGCAUGUCCAUCGCCCAUAUAAACCCCAACUGAGAAGCGGAGAGGAUUUGCCACCGAAGUAUGCUCUGGAACUGCUGAUCAUCUAUGCAUGGGAGAGCGCUGAGAAGGAAGAACAUUUCAGCACCGUGGAAGGAUUUCGCACCGUUCUGGAACUGAUUGUCCAGUACAAACACCUUUGCAUAUUUUGGACCACAAACUACAGCAUCAGAUUAAUGAAAAACAAGCUUAAAGAAUCAAAGUAA